GUACAACAGAAGCUUCUAUAUGUACAACGGAACCAACAACAGUGUGUCCACCCUGUACAACUGAAGUUGUCACUGACUGCCCAACUGAAACAACAGCAACAUGCCCAGAAGUAACCUGUGCAACAGAAUCGACGACAUUACCAUGUUCAUGCCCGCCAAUCAUAACCUGUCCAGAGAUAACCACACAUUGCCCAGAGGUAACUGAUCCAUCAGAAGAAACAACAGAAUGUCAAGAAUGCACACCUUGUCCAAGUGAAGACACCACUAGUACAUCUUCUUCUACCUCAGGUACAACAGAAGCUUCUACAUGUACAACGGAACCAACAACAGUGUGUCCACCCUGUACAACUGAAGUUGUCACUGACUGCCCAACUGAAACAACAGCAACAUGCCCAGAAGUAACCUGUGCAACAGAAUCGACGACAUUACCAUGUUCAUGCCCGCCAAUCAUAACCUGUCCAGAGAUAACCACACAUUGCCCAGAGGUAACUGAUCCAUCAGAAGAAACAACAGAAUGUCAAGAAUGCACACCUUGUCCAAGUGAAGACACCACUAGUACAUCUUCGUCUACCUCAGCACCCUCAGAACAAAAGUGGGUACAUUUCAGAGACCCAGAGGCCAUAACUUCUAUUUAUGAACAACAAACUGGAUACAUAAAGACCAUGAGUGCAUUUUGUAGUCAUGAAUGCACUAAAGUGUAUAAAAUUGAAACUGGGCCUCUGAGUGACAGUCUCUUUAUAGAACAUGAGACUGGAAAAGUUAAUGUGACAAAGAAUAUUAAGGAUGGUGGCCAUUUUAUUGUCAGAGUUGAUGCAAAUAUUGAAGGAGACACGUACACUGAGACAGCAAGGGUGCACUUGAAUGUGAUGAGUCUGCAGCCAUGUUUGAAUGGUUCUCAGUGGAAAUACUCAAUUACAACGAAACAAAUUCAAGAGGGAUUAAAAUCUCCAUACUCUUUGGAGAGUUGUGAUUAUGGUGAUGGGUGUGAGUGUACUCUAGAAAACAUCACACCUGAAAAGGCAAAUGAUUAUUUCACUUUUGGUAGAGAGAUUGUUCUACAUAAAGAAAUUGACCGUGAAGAUGCAGACCUGUUCCCAGACCAGUCAUACACUGAUAUUGUUCUGCAACUUAAACUGAGUUGUGAAAGUGGCAUGAACAUGGCACAUGAACUCUGGAAUAUAAGGUCACAGUCUGUACUUGAUGAAAUUGGCAACAUCGAGUAUGAUGUCUUAAAGACAGUUCUUGUACUUAAAAUUGGAGAUGAAAAUGACAACCGUCCUCAGUUUAAGACCAUAACAUCACCACUUACAGUUGGAUACCCCAAUGCCGAGAUUGCCAAACAAAUGCUGCCACCUUACCUAACACAAGUGCAGGCUACAGACAUUGACUUUGGAGGGAAUGCUGUAAUAAAAUACAGUCUAACACCGAAUGAUCAGUUCACCAUACAUGAGGAAACAGGAGUGAUUUAUCCAGUAGCAGGAGCCUUCAAUUAUAAGGACACACAUUUCAGUGUUCAUGCAAGUGAUGCAGAAGGUGAAGGAGAGCCCCUUGAAGUAAAUGUGAAAAUCCUAAGCCAUGACAAUUUACUAGUGGUCAAGAAAAGAGGCUCUGUAUUGGAAGAUACAGAUACAGUCCUACAGAAAAUUUCUUCCAUCACUAAAUACAAUAUUAAGUUACUGUCUGCUGCAGUUAUUGCUAGAGAUGAUAUUGAUUAUGAUGAGGAUGGUGAUGAUGAUGUUGGCAACAUUCACAGACAACUAGGUAAAUCCACAAGGAAUCCAAGCAAUUCCCUUCUCCGGUUGGUUAUCUAUGGUUUGAACAGCCGAGAAGAACCUCUCGAUUAUUCAGAUAUUAAAGCACACCUGGAAGGAGAAGCUGAAUUUAGAGCAGAAUCCUGGACUAAUGCUAGUAACAGCAGCGAUGGAAGUAGUGAUGCUAGCCUGCUGGUUGCUGUAAUUGUUCUGUCAGUAAUCCUGGUACUGGUGAUCGGUGGUUUCAGUGUUUUCUACUUGGUCUAUGUCAGAUCAAAAAGGAAUAAAAGAAGUUCAGAUGCUUAUGUUGACGUGCUCACCAAAAGUGAUGGGUAUUCAACACCACCAUUGGAGGAAAUUGGAACUACAUCUACUUCAGAAGAUAAGAGUAAUCCUCUUCCAAAUGUUCAGUUUGCUAGCACCACGGAAGUGACCGAAUCGUUUCCACCAUCACCCUCCUUGCCACGCAUAACAAUCACAAAUCCAUAUGAAGAAAUCAGUAACGGUGCUGUGCUUCGAGAUUUUGACCAUGGAACAACUGAUGAUUUCCAGAGUUCAUGCGAUGAAAAUGAAAAAGAAGAAAAUGAUAAUAAUGGCGUGACAAGGAAAAAAUCAAUUGUAACUUUCAAUGAUAAUGUUGAGCGUAUUGAGAUAGAACGGCUUUGAAAGUAAAGUAGUGAAAUUACAGCAGAAAAAUAUGCAGAAGUAUCAGACCACUAUGAGCAUAGUUCGAACUGUAAUACCUGUCUUCCAGCCACAACUGAUCAUUUGCUUAUUUAAUGCCGAUAUGAUGUUGUGAUGAUUGAUAACAAAGCUGCUAGCCAGGACUGAUAACCACAGAAGUCAGAAGUCGGCCAUAAGUUCGCAGUACAAUGGUACACAAAUACCUGAACUUGUUCUUCAAGCAUAGUAAAAAUUAAUGAGAGGUGUGUGAACAGUUUAAAAUUCAGAAGUUUUCAAAUUAUAUUUGUGUUCAUUUUUUAAAGCAACAAUAGAAGUUUAAAUUAUCAUUUUCUGUCUGUACACAUGAAGGGAUUGUAAUCUGGCUUCACAGAUACUUGUGGACUUCCUCAUAAGCAACCCUUGCAAUUCUUUAGUGCAAGAAUUUAAUUUUAGUUGGUCUGUCUAUACAUCUCUUUACAUACAGUCUCAAAAUCUGGACUAAUAAUAUGUGCGAAAUUAACAUUUCUUGAUGAAAUUAAGUAUUGGGUCUUCAAAGUAAAGUAAUAUACUUUCAGACAAUACCAGCUACUCAAGGCAGUCACUUCAUUUCAGAACAAAAAGAAAUUUUAAGGAUGUCUUGUUUAAUGUUCAAUAGAUUAAAAACUGUGCAAUGCAAAAUUUACAGAAUUGAGUUUAAUUUAUUGAAAUUGUAAAUUAUGAAUUGCUGAUGCAUUGUUAUAUAAAAGGAAAAACAAAA